GAAUUAAGUAAAUAAACAACUACGUGUAUAUAUACUGGAUCAACAAAAUAUUAAUGUACUUCUGAAAAUGGCUUUCGUAAAACCCGUCGUCUUUGUGUGCUUGUUUUUAUUCACGUCUGCCCAAAUUCCAAUACCCAGACGUGAAGUUGGAUAUGCUUAUAAUUCUGGAUUAGAUAAUGCUUCUGUUCAUUUAGAUGUUUAUAUGGAUUUAGUUUGUCCUGAUAGUAAGCAGGCAUUUCCAACACUACUACAAUUAGCUGAUCAUUAUGGAGCUACGAAGCUGCAACUUAAGAUGCACAUAUUUCCACUUCCCUAUCACAGAAACUCAUGGAUUGCUUCAAAGGGAGCUCAUAUUAUAGCUGCCUUAACAAAAGGAAAUGAAACAUUUGAAUGGAUGGAUACUCUUUACAACAACUAUGAUUUAUUAACAAAUGAUGCAACACAGGAAUAUUCACAGACUAAAAUGAUCAGUUUUUUUGCCAAGUUGGUAGUUAAGUUGGGAAUUGAUCCAAAAACCUUUGUUACCCAGGUAUUACACGAUAGGUCAAAAGAGGAUGAUACAAGAAUUGCGUGGAAAUAUGCCUGUACACGUGGGGUUGCCGCAACACCUACUUUUAUGGUAAAUGAUAUAACGGUAGCAGCUACACCAUCUUGGACCGUACAAAACUGGACACAACUUAUUGACCCAUUCUUAAGCACAGAAACUAAACAAUGACACCUUAGAUGUUGAAUCAGCAUCGACCACAAAUCUGAUACAACUGAACAUUGUGGCAUUGGGUCUGAUUCUAUUACAAUAUUGGCUAUAAAAAUAUAAAUAAAUAAAUAAAUGAAUGAUCAAAUUAUAUUGUAGACAAUAAUAAACUGUGAGUUUUUCUAAUUUU